AUUCAUGUCCCUCAUCCCCCGCUCCCCAGUAUUGUUGCUUUUUUCUUUCACAUUAUAACAAAAUGACAUUUGUAGGGCCAUUAGCGAUUCAAGCACGCCAACUUUCUACCAAGAAUCUCAACCCCAAAAAGUUCACUAGUAUCUUAUCUCAAGUUCCUCCAAGACCCGUCAGUGCUUGGCAGAUAUAUCAACGAGAGCACAUCAAUCAGUUCAAAAGACCUGAUGGUAAAAUAGAUAUCAUUGCUUCAGUGAAAGGUUUAUCUAGCAAAUGGAAAGCGUUAAGUGAUUCUGAAAAGCAAGUCUAUAUAAACAAGUAUGAACAGGAAAGCAAUGCUCAUUUCAACGGUAUCGAAACAGCUAUCAACAAUGCAACACCAGAACAGAUCCGAAAGGAAAAUUUAUUGAGAAAAAAGCACAACUUGGGCUUAUUAAAAGAUCCGAGGGAGCCAAAGCGCCCCAGGAAUGCUUUCUUCUUGUAUGCCAGGAGUUUAAGAGAAGCACGCGACCCAGAAAUUGUUCAUCUUCCCAUCGUGAAGCAAGCCACUGUUACUGCUAAAAAGUUCAAGGCGCUCAGUGAUAUGGAAAGGAAGCCUUUCAUUGAACAAGCUGAAGCGGAGAAACAACGCUAUCAAGCCGCAAUGAAGAAGUAUCUCGCAGAAGCACGCGCCCUUGACUAAAAACCUGAACGAACGAACCUUUUAUAUGUCUACCGCUUUGAUCUACGGGACGGUUGCGUCCCUCUUUUUUUCUUUUUUUUUUUU